CAGUCAUGGUGGAUAGGACACUUUGUACAUGGAGGGUUUUGACUGUACGGGCUAAAUAAUAACCCUGAACAGGAGUUAAGGAUUCCACUCAUUAUUAUUGACAUCUGCUCGAUAUUUUUUUUAUGUUAUUGCCUGGUUUUACCUAUAUUACACUUCUUCCACGUACCGGUGCGUAAGAAAAGUGGUGUUCAUCGCACAGAUGUGGAUCUGGUAGCUGCUUCGGAAUUUAUCACAAGACCCUCAUCAUCUUCAUCACCAGAUUUUUCCAGGGGGGGUUUGGAUAUCAGAACAGACACCUGUCGGAUGACAUGCACCCUGAGCAGACCAUGAUCUGAAGGCCCUACCAGGAGGCCACGCACUUUCUUUCUUCCUUCCCUCCUUCCUUUUUUGUCAGUGGAGGAAGACGGGUGAGCCCAGCUGCCUCAGACAGGUGGCAGAGAGAGAGAGAGAGAGAGACUCUCUCACACACACUCAUCUUCAUACACCAAGACGAACAGCCACUGUUGUGCUCCUAUAACUGCCUGGAGAACAUUUGACCUCUGACCUCACCACACCCCCAACCUUGCCCUUCCACCCCUGCUCGGCCAAUCACAGCAGCCAUGGGGAGGAAAAAGAUCCAGAUUCAGCGAAUCACAGACGAGCGUAACAGACAGGUGACCUUCACUAAACGGAAGUUUGGUCUGAUGAAGAAAGCCUACGAGCUCAGUGUGUUGUGUGACUGCGAGAUUGCCCUCAUUAUUUUCAAUCACUCAAACAAGCUCUUCCAGUAUGCCAGCACUGACAUGGACAAAGUGCUCCUCAAAUACACAGAGUACAAUGAGCCACACGAAAGCAGGACCAACGCAGACAUCAUUGAGGCUCUGAACAAGAAAGAGCACCGUGAUUCGGAGAGCCCGGACCCUGAGGAGCCGUUCUCCCUCACACCUCGCACAGAGGAGAAGUACAAAAAGAUAGACGAGGAGUUUGAUAAAAUGAUGCAGAGCUAUAGGCUUUCAUCCACAGUGCCAGCGCCCACUUUCUCCAUGCCAGUCACAGUGCCGGUGUCCAAUCAGAGCCCGUUGCCAUUCAGCAAUCCAAGCAGUCUCGUCACCACUUCCUUCGUCACCUCGACCCUCACAGACCCGCGCCUGCUUUCACCACAGCAGCCGCAGCUCCAGAGGAACACGGUUUCUCCAGGCCUGCCACAGAGACCCGCCAGCGCAGGUGCUCUUCUGGGUGGUGACCUCAACAAUUCAAAUGGAGCGUGCCCGAGCCCUGUGGCCAAUGGUUACGUCAGUGCCAGGGCCUCCCCAGGACUCCUCUCAGUCUCCAACGGCAACAGCAUGGGGAAAGUAGUCCAGGCUAAAUCUCCACCUCCGCCCAGCGCUCAGAUGGCGAACAGCCGCAAACCGGACCUUCGGGUCAUCACCUCGCAGAGCAGCAAGGGCCUUAUGCAGCUGACAGAUGAAGAGCUGGAGUUGGUGAGUGAGGUUUUCCAGAAUGCUCAGCGGUUAGGCACCUCUCAAGUGACCCAGCCUCUUACCACACCAGUGGUUUCCGUGGCAACGCCGAGCCUCCUGACUCCAUUCUCUAUGCCCACCGCCUACAACACAGAGUACCAGCUAACAAGUGCAGAUCUCACAGCCCUCCAGGCCUUUACGCCGUCGGGCGCACUGUUGCCAGGCAACAUGACCACUUGGCAACAGCAGCAGCAGCCAUCUGUAUCCCAGCAACCACAGCAGCAGCCAUCCGUAUCCCAGCAACAGCCUCAGCAGCAGCAACAACAACAGCCACAGCAGCUCACUCUGGCCUCACUCAGCAACCUUGUCAUGUGGGGCUCAGACAAACAGAACGGAGAGAUGGCUCACUGCAUCUCUGGUCUGGCUGCUAAUCUCAGUGUGACCUCUCAGGGCAGCUUACUCUUGGGCAGGGAGGAAGGGAUCAGCUGGCCCGUAGGAACAAUCCCUCACGGAGCUACUCUGACGGUUAACACUAACCCCAGCAUCAGCAUCAAAUCCGAGCCAGUGUCUCCCAACCGGGACCGCAGCACCCCUAGUUCCACCGCCGGGGCAGUGGGUGGCAUUUCAGGCCUAACGGUGAGCCAGUAUCCAGCAACGCUGCGUUUGGAGCCCACCGGCCGCUCUCCAGUCGACAGCAUCAGCAGUAACGGCAGCUCGUACGAGGGAAGCGACCGAGACGACAGCGGCCAGCCUCGCCCUCCAGAUUUCUCCGGCCUCGGUCUUCUCCGACCUUCCGGAGACCAGCCGGCCCAAGCAGAGCAGCAGGAGUCAGCCAACGUGAAGCGUAUGAGACUGGACACCUGGGUCACAUAAACGCUGAAGGAGAGCGAGAGACAUCUGCUCUCUCACCCGCACAUACACACGCACGCACACCGACAAAAAAAAACACACCCCUAGUGGCACCUGCCAAUCUCAGUCCGCACUUAGACACAUGCAUGCGCCUGUCUCUCUGUCUCACUCUCAGACACACACAUAUAUUUACUGGUGUGUGUGUUUAUGUAUUUAUAUAGAAUAUGCAUAUAUGAUCACACACGCACUAGAUCCUCCUCACACACACAUACACAGUUGCCAAUCCAGGUGUAAACGUGUUCACGAGACUAAAGAGAUGUACAAGGCAGAACAGAAGGGCUGUCGGUGGCAUCUCUUGAUAUCCCUGAGAGGCCGUCCGGAUCUCAGAUCAACUUUUCAACAGGAUCAACAGGCCUUACCGUCGACCUGAUCGGAGUUCAGCGGCACUGCUCUGUCCAAACAGCUAAGCAACUGCUUGUUAUGUUGCGUAGACAAGCCUGUCGAUCUCUUUUCUCUCUUGUUUUGUAUUGAUUUCUCUUUGGUUUUGUAUGAAUGGGUGCUUUUGCUAUUUAUCUUCUCGAGUGACUUUUUCUCUAUUGCUUUUACAGGUUUUUUGUUUGUUUUUUGGUGUGUUUCUGCUGCCUUUAGUAUCGCCCCUGUUCCUUUUCUGACAGCUUUUAAGUCGAAUCUUUAUCUUUGUUUUCCUAUCUACGCAUAGUGUGCAUGUGUGUGUGUGUGUCAGCUGUGAGACCGAGGCGCAUAUUCAUUCGAUCGCUAAACAUAAAUCAGCCAAAAAGCUCCACUCAAUCACGUUUAUCAUCUUCCGUCGUAUUGUAAUCUGGCACCAGUCUCCUGCGUGAGUCAAUUUUGAUUGCGCAAUUUUCUGCGUCCACGUGGACCGCGAUAGAAAUGUAGAUCUGUGUGUACUCAUGAGAGCAACACAUAAGACGGCAGUUUACGAGAGCAGCGGUCUGCCACAUUAUACUAUAUUUAUUGUUUUGGAUGUUUCGGCUGUGUAAUUCAGAGGUUAAGUAGUUAACUUUAUGGGACGAGUAUGCUUAAUUAUCGUUUGUAAGAUUCCGAGAUUAAAAAAAAGUCAAAAGACGAAAUCUUGAGUUGUUGUUUAACUCAGGAUGGCGAGGUUUUUUCUGUUGUUGUUGUUGUUGUUGUUGAUGAUGAGAUGACGUGUAUAUACAACAAUUUUCUCAGUGUUUCAGUACAGGUUUAUGUAUAGCAUACAGAGUUGCGUAUCUCAGCUAGGUUAUUUUAGCUAAGAAAGAGACGGAGGUCGUGUAGCGCUGAGUGUGUGCGUGCGUGUGUGAGAGAGAAGCGUUGAGAUUGUACAUAGCGAUGUGUGUGUUCACAUAUAUUCAGCUGGGUCUUUCUGAAACAGCGCUGUAAUCUCAGUGGAACCGUCUCUGUCAACCUCUACCUGUAAAUAAACUGUACCGUGUUGUAAGUUAGCAAGGUGGAGAGGCAGACGAAGGAGGAUUUGACUGUUUAAAGCGUGACUCUUAUUCUGUCCUUUAUAUUCUGAUGGCGCGCACUUUAAAAUCUUCCCCCUUAUUCAUUAGCUCGCACACCUCGGUGAGGUUUUCAAGGAGCGAUAUCCUUCAUUAACACACGAUCAACCUGUCAUUUUUACACCCGCCCCCCCUCUUCUCGAGAGUGAUUUCCUGAUGGCUUGUAAUGGAGGACGAGCUCCUUUCACUUUUAAGAUGCUUCAAAGCAUUCAGGGAAGGAUGUUUCAUUUUUGUGAGCUAACGUUAUAAUACGGCUUAUUGCACUUCACAUGGUAAACCGUGAACUAUAAUAGAGGAAAAAUGUCACGUUUUGUAAAAAAAAAAAAAUCGACAAAGAAAAAACGAAUGUUGUACUGAAAUCUAGAUUAGGCUUUUACACGUGUUGCAGAUGUGACAAUUAUGUACACAAUCGUGUAAUCUGUGCAUUAGUGUAUCCUCUUUAAGUGAUGAAAAUGAAGGACGUUUCACUGACGUGUUUAAGAAAACAGCGCUGAAAGGAAAUGGGAUUGAAAAUAGUUUCAAAUAGUUCUAAAACCUAUUGAGUACAUCCAAGGUGAAGACUCACCGUCAUCGGCUUCUCUACCUCUUCUUCCAUCUCCUCUCCUUUUCUCCACUCCUUUGCUCACAGAGGAAGACAGAAGCCAUUUCAUUUCACCUCAAGCGGUGACCCACCUUUUGUUAAACCACACACACAAACACACAAACACACAAACACAGAUGAUGGAUGCAGUAGCGGGACUCUUGAGCUUGUAGAUCCACUGGCCGGAUGUUUCUAGAAGUGAAACCUCUUCAGUCGCACGUUGACUUUAAGACUGUUGUGUCCUGAGCUUCGAACAAAUGCGAGACGAAGACCUGACACGCUGGAGGUGAUCCGCUGCCUUGAAGCUCCAAAGUUCGAAAAGCUCUCGCAAAGGACCUCGUGGUAGAAUGAAGAGUCUGGGUAAUCAAAGAAAAGACAAUCGUCCGCCGAAUAGUUCACUUUGGCCCCUGUAUCCCCCUUUGUAUGAUGUCUAGAGAUUCUCACAUGCUUUUUUCUCUCGUGUUAAUUUGUGCUGGUGACAGUUUUAUCGUCUGUUUUUAUUAUAAUUGUUACGAUGAUUAUCGUUACCAUCAUCACAGAUGGUAAUAAUAAUGAUACAUUUAGAGAGACGGUUUUUAUUAUUAUGAUUAUUUUCUCUAAGUUUGUUUUAUUUUUGUGUAGGUUAGGCAUCGUUUUGUUUUCAUUUUAUUUUAUUAUAUAUGAAUAUUAUAUAAAUAUAUUUUUGUUUUUAUUUUUGGCUCAUUUUUUUUGUUCUUCUUCAAAGGGUUGUUACUAAUAUUGCACGAUUUAUUAAGUAAAGCGAUUUUAAAAAAGCCGUUGUAGUAAUAUUAGUACUUCUUGCUAAUUGAGGGAAGCGAUAAAACAGGUUGGAUAGAGUGACCAGUUUAAUGCUGCAAUUUUUAGUCAAUUGUACAAUAGUAUCUACACAUAGUUAAGGUGGGACAUCCACACGUUUAAUUUAUUCUGAUCAGACACAAUGCAUGGGCGUCAGACAAGCAAAGAAUGAGUCAUAUUAUAAAUAAACUGAAAUGUAAUUUCAAUAAGAGUAUACAACACACAAGCCUAGAAUAGAAAUUGAAGAAAACG